AUGGAGUCAAGCAAACAAGUAGUAGUCUUUGAGCUACCAGUGCGUCUCCGAGUUCACAAAGAUUGCCAUGUGGAGAGACCAAGACCCGAAGAUUUUAUCCCUCCUUCAACCGAUCCCAUUACAGGAGUUUCGUCGAAAAAUAUUGUAGUAGUCGCAGAAUCCAAAAUCACUGCUCGCCUAUUCCUACCUAAAAUCACAGAUCCGAACGAAAAACUUGCCGUCCUUGUUUAUUUCCACGGAGGAGCCUUUGUUGUAAACACACCAUUCACUACUCGGUUCCAUAACUUGGUAACCAUCAUUGUUUCUGAAGCUAACGUUGUUGCUGUUUCUGUUGACUAUAGGAAAGCUCCGGAGCACCCUAUCCCAGCUGCAUAUGAAGAUUUAUGGGCUGCACUCAAAUGGGUUGCUUCCCAUUCUAAUGAAGAUGAACUUGAGUCUUGUUCUGUUGUUGAUAUGGCUCACAAUCUGGCCAUGUUUGGUGGGAACCAGGAGCCGGGGCUUAGUAUUGGGCUUCUUAGGAUUGCUUGGGUACACCCUUAUUUUUGGGGUUCGGUGCCUUUUGGAACGGCAAUUUAUCCGGAUGAAAAGCUCUACUAUAAAACACACGUUUUCAACAAUACAAAGAACAACCAUAGCUUCCCUCUCAAUCUCUCUCCAAAUUCCAUGGAGUCCAGCAAACAAGAAGUAGUCUUUGAGCUACCAAUGACUCUCCGAGUUCACAAGGAUGGUCAUGUAGAGAGAUUAAUACCCACAGAUUUUAUCCCACCUUCAACCGAUCCCAUUACAGGAGUUUCAUCGAAAGAUAUUGUAGUAGUUCCAGAAUCCAACAUCACUGCUCGCCUAUUCCUACCUAAAAUCACAGAUCCGAACAAAAAACUUGCUCUACUUGUUUAUUUCCACGGAGGAGCCUUUGUUAUCAACACGCCAUUCAUUACUCCGUUCCAUAAAUUUGUAACCAACCUUGUCUCUGAAGCCAAUGUUGUUGCUGUUUCUGUUGACUAUAGGAAAGCUCCGGAGCACCCUAUCCCAGCUGCAUACGAAGACUCAAUGGCUGCACUCAAAUGGGUUGCUUCCCAUUCUAAUGGAGAUGGACCUGAGCCUUGGUUAAAUAACCAUGCUGAUUUUCAACGAGUUUUUUUGGGUGGUGAUAGUUCUGGUGCUAAUAUUGCUCACAAUUUGGCUAUGACUGCUGGGAAUCCUGAGACGGGGCUUGGUAUUGGGCUUCUUGGGAUUGCUUUGGUACACCCUUAUUUUUGGGGGUCGGUGCCUGUUGGAUCGGAGGCGGAUUAUCCAGAUGACAAGUCUAUAAUUAAUCGAGACUUCGUGGAUCGAGUGUGGCCAUUUAUUUGUCCAUCUAACCCGGAUAACGACGAUCCACGGGUUAAUCCAGUGGCAGAAGGUGCACCACGCCUAGUGGGCCUGGGGUGUAAGAGGGUGCUGGUUUGCGUGGCGGAGCAUGAUGUGAUGAAAGAUAGAGGCUGGCUUUAUUACGAGGCAUUGAGCCGAAGUGGAUGGAAGGGUGUGGUUGAGAUAUUUGAGACACAAGGAGAGCACCAUGGAUUCCAUUGUUAUGACCUGGAACAUGAGAAAUCUAAACAGUUGACACAAAGACUGGCUGCUUUCUACAAGACUGAUUGAUGCGCCUCAAUUUCGAUAGAGGGAGGACUUCCUGCUCUUGCUCUUGUUAUGAUCUUAUUAAUUUGCGAUAUCGUCUCCUACUUGAUUUGUAUUCAGCAAAUCUCAUGUUGUUGCAGUUUCUGUUGAUUAUUAAAUAGUUUGCUCUAAGCGUGUUUCACGCUGUAAUAAAUUCAUGUUAUUCGGUAA